AUGAGUAAGCGGUUGGUUCUACGCAUAGUCGACGACUUGGAAGCCAACUACGAUUAUUUUAAACAAAAAGCGGAUGCGAGAGGGGCACUUGGAUUUACCGGUAUCCAAAAGUAUACGUCGGCGUUACGAAUCCUUGCUUAUGGAAACACAACCGACAUCAACGACGAGUAUCUAAAAAUGGGCGAGAAAACAACGCGAGACACCUUGGAGCAUUUUUGUCGCGGUAUUAUUGAUGUGUAUGGUGCGCGUUAUCUUAGAACGCCCACAUGGGAUGACCUUCAAAAGAUCUACGAGGUACAUUCGACGGAGCAUGGUUUGCCUGAGGAGUGGAUUUCUGGCAAAGCUCCAAAAGCGUCGUUUUACGCAAAUGGAAACUACUACCCUCAUGGAUAUUAUUUGAGCGACGGAAUUUAUCCUAGGUAUUCAAUUUUCGUGAAGACGUUUAGUGAUCCUAUUGAAGAAAAAAAGAGAAUACUUUAA